GCAGAAGAUUUUGUCGAAUGUCAAGCCAUCUGACAGCCUAGUCGCUGACGUAGCCUCAUUGUUUGAAUUUAUCGUUUUUCGAAUUUUAACGGUAGCUGCCUAGCGAAACUUUAAAUCUAGUUGUUAAUUGUUGGUGGCUGCACAACAUGGGUGAUAACUUUGUAACAAACUUCCCUGGUGAGAUAUAUUUUACACCUAAUGGAACCCUUCGUAUAAAAGAAGAACGAUUAACACCAGAACAUGAAGACCAAUUGAUUACAAUGAGAAAAUCUUUUUCUAUGAGUGACCUCACUUCGAUUGAUGACGGCAUGAACAAUUUAAAUUUUACUGAUAAAGGUGACAAAGCUAGUCCAGCAAACGAAUUCAUAUCAAUGGCAGAAGCUUUAUUCCAUUACCAAAGGGACACUCCAGGUCGAUUUCAUUCUAGAAAACCACAAAAAUUUCAAUCUUUUAAUACUCUUAGAAGUGGGUUAACUGUAGCUCAAUCUCCAAUGCUGAGGUGCAAAGCGCGAAUGCGUCCACGUUAUGUCUUGUCUCAGAGGGAAAGAGAAGAUUUAGAAUUUGAAGAAUUAAAAAAAAUAAAAAUCAAGGCGAAUCCAGUCCCUAAAUCAGUCCUGUGUGAACCCCACCCCUUACCAGAAGUGCCAAAAAAACCAACUACUGUGAUUGAACCAUUCAAUCUAACUGAAAUUCAGAAAAAGAUUGUCAGGUCACCAGAGAAAAAAAAUUUUUUCAAAGCUCGCCCUGCACCUAAAAACAUAUUAGAAAAACCCGAUGUACCGGUAAGGACACAAUCACACUUGCUUUCUCCUUUACCUAAUCAGACAAAAAAGAUUAAUUUCAAUGAUAAUGUCAAAAAAGUUGCUAGUAAUAAAUCAAAUCAUGCCGUAAAGCAAACGGUAAAGAUCGACCAAAGAUCUGCAAUAACUGUACCAUUUUCCUUUGAGAAGAGAGAUGAAGAGUUAAAAAGACGUAGAGAUGAAAGAAUAAAGCAUCAGAUAGAAGAAGAACGUAGAAUGGCUUCACAGUUUAAGGCACAACCACUGCCCCCGUGUGUGAAAAAGCAAUUGCAAAGUUCUAAUGGAAGUGCAUCCUCAUCUACUUCAGAUAAAGAAAACCAUGUGGUAAAGUUUGAAGCUAAGCCACCAACUGUUUUAUAUAAGGCACCUUUCAAACCUGUCCGCAAAUUGACUGGACACACUAAACUGGCACCAUUUGAAUUAACAUCAGAUAAAAGAGCCGCAGAACGACAAAAGUUUGAAGAGCAAUUGAAAGAGAAGGAAGAAGAAGAAAGGAAACAAAAGGAGCUAAAGGAAAAGGAACAACAAGAAAAAGAGCAGAAGGCUAUAGCCAAGUCGCGUGCUCAAUUAGUGCAUCAUGCCAAGCCAGUCCCAAAUCUUAAUCCAAUCUUGCCAGAAAAAAUCAAACUUCCGUUAACUGUUCCUGAAACCCCCAAAUUUGUUAGACGUUUAAAUAAUAAAUGAUUUCUAAUAAUGUAAGACUGAAUAUUUUUGUUUAUGAAAUUAUGAUCUUUUAAAAGUUUUUGAUGUUUUAAAAUAGUUUUUUAAUUGAAUAAAUAAUAUUUGAAUGCUUUAUA